CUUGUGUGCGGAGCUCAGCGGAAGUGAGUGCUUCACUCUCAUUCAUCCUCUUUGACAGAGCAGCUCGACACACUUCUGAGGGGCCGUGCAGCUCGGAGUGUGAGGGGAUCUGACCAGAAAGAGCCCUUCAUCUUCAGUAUGAUGGCCAACGCGGUUGUGUGUGGAGACCUGAAGGCUUUUCUGAACCAAAACCUCUCCAAAGGCAACAUUUCCCUGGUAACGCCGUCCAGCUACAGCCCAGCCACCAAGAUCACACUAGGAACAGUCAACUCCAAUGUGGGAGCCAAGAUGAUUUUGAGCACACCGCAGAGAGUGUCUCAUCCUGGAGGUAUCCUCAUCGGCAGCCCGUUUACACCACACACAACACCGCUGGCCGUGGUUACUCCAGCGCACCCUCCCGAGGGCGACGAGUGGACCCCGGGAAACAAAAAGAGGACACAUGACUACAUUGAUUCUUAUUUCUCAGACAGGGAUGGACUGUGUUCGAGUGAUUCCUCGUCCAGUAAGAGAAUGAAGAGGGCAGAUAAGAACGGUAAAGGCCUGAGGCACUUCUCCAUGAAGGUGUGUGAGAAGGUACAAAAGAAAGGCACUACGUCCUACAAUGAGGUGGCAGAUGAGCUGGUGACUGAGUUCACUCACGCCAGCAGCCUGAUGCCCACCGACUCUCAGGUGUACGAUCAGAAGAACAUCCGCCGGCGUGUGUACGACGCGCUCAACGUGUUGAUGGCCAUGAACAUCAUCUCCAAAGAGAAGAAGGAGAUCCGCUGGAUCGGCCUACCCACAAACUCAGCCCAAGAGUGCCACAACUUAGAGCUGGAAAAACAGAAGCGUUUGGAAAGAAUCCGACAGAAAAGAGCCCAGCUGGAGGAGCUAAUAUUACAGCAGAUCGCCUUUAAGAAUCUGGUGCAGAGGAACCAGGCCAGCGAAGCCUCGUCCCAGUCAGCUCCCCCUCCAGGAUCUGUCAUUCAGCUUCCCUUUAUCAUCCUCAACACUGACGUUCGCACUGUCAUCGACUGCUCCAUCUCCAGCGAUAAGUGUGAAUACCUCUUUAACUUUGACAACACGUUUGAGAUCCAUGAUGACGUAGAGAUCCUGAAGCGGAUGGGCAUGUCUUUGGGGCUGGAGAACGGCACGUGCUCUCCAGAGAACCUCAGCGUGGCCAGAUCUCUGCUGCCCAAGUCUCUGGAAGCACAUGUCACCAACAUGGCCACAAACUCUAACAGGACACCUCUCAGCCACACCAGUCUCAGCAGCACGGCUCCGUCACACACCUCAGAGUCCCGCGGCCAGACGCCCAGCUCCUUCAACGAGGAAGAGGACGAUGAGGACGAGGACGAUCCCUCUUCCCCAGAGUGAUCCGGAGCUCAGAGCCGGGGGGGGACUCUACACAGGAAAUAAGCUCUCUGUAUUACCAUAUUUGAACUUCCCUCACCAUCUCUUUCCUCCUCUUUCUCAAACGCCAGGAGUCUUUGGCACGAAGGAGACGGUUUACUGUAUUUCUGUGGUGCUUUGUGACUAGCGAGCCGCGGUUCGGGUCAUAGAGGAGAGCGAAUAAGUCAAGGUUAACACAUCUUCAGUUCAACUGCCUCAUGUCAGCUCUGCUUCCUCCCCUGAGGGACGUUCAGGUUCUUUCCAAACAUGUAUUUAUUUCGGUCAUAUGUGAUUAUGACUAUAUCUGCGUAGUCUUACUGUUAUCUUACUGUUCACCGAUUGAAAGGAAUUUACAUCCUUGCAUUUAAAAUGUUCUGUUUUUAUAUAGGUUGAUUCAGUGUCAUUUUGUUGUAUUGUAUAGUUUAUUCCUUGUCAUUCAUCGCAAUAGUUGAAGGACAAUAAAACAUGGAUGGUUGACUGUA